AUGGUGCAGAUCAUCUCUUUGAUGGCCCUUUGCUCCUCCUGGGCCGCUGGUGCUGCGGAUGUUGAUGCGGCUUGUGCACGGCGCCUUACUGAUGUUGACGAAGACCUGCUGGUGCAGACAAAGCUGUCGAGCAUCGGCACGAAUAUCGUUCUGGCACCCAGCGGUUCACGGCACGGCAUUGCGGCCGGCUUGCGAUGCCCGAAAUGGACAACUUGCCUGCGCUACAGUGCGACCUUUCCGCUCACAUCAAAUGGCUAUCCCGUCAUUGACUUCGUGAUGCGUUUCUACAUGGGUGAGGCCUUGGAUGCUGCCAUGGAGACCCUGUCUUGUCCCUAUUCUCCGCUUAUGGCGACUGAACUGCACGACGACGAACCCGAGAGUGCGGCGGAAGGAACCUUCAAGGGUGCCAAAAACAAUGGCGCUGACCAGUACGCUGUCUACUACGCUGGGUAUCCGUUGGCCAACCUCACACGACCAGGCUUCGCAGGCCUGAACGCGACGCUCCUGGGUUUGUGGCCGAACGCUGCAUACGUUUCCCUGGUGGUAUACUACGGCCUGACCAGAGCAAACAAGUCUGCGCUCACUUUCGUGCAGUACGAGGCAGCAUCUUUCGACGCAUUCGGAAGCGGAGUCCACUGCUGGGCGUCCGCCUCAAACCCUUUUGUUCGAGGAAGCCCCACGGUGCAGACCUACCUCAGGCAGACAAGCUGCGCAGACAGGAAUUGCACAAUGGGAGCAACCUCCCUGAGCGAGUGGAAGAGCAUGAACGAGACAAACGAUAUCCAGAGAUUCAGCGCAUCCAGCUCACAGCCGAGGCGGCGGCUGCUGACCAGUUCAUCCGGUUUAAGGAGAGCAGCUCGAAACUGCAGGAGUGUGCGGUACAGACGGAUGUGGCAUCCAUGGCGCAGGUGUCGCAGGGACGGCAACGUAUGCAGAGAUGCAAACACUGACGUCUAUCGCAUGUCCGCUGACUUAACAAACCUGGUUGGCGCAGACGCCCCCACGGGGACUUGCGCAGACUCAUACCUCCUCGCAGCUGCAGAAGGUAUUGUUCUGAAGUACCCUACCCUGAAUUGGACGGGCGUGUCGGUAUACAACUUUUCAUAUGGCUUCGUCAAGAUGCAAGUGCCCUUCGUUUUCAACAAUGCUGAGGCUAAAGUGUAUCGAGGGCUGCUAUCAGCUGAUCAUAAGCAUGGCUACGACCUCGACUAUUGGUCUGUUAGCAGCAGCUGGUACCAGGACAGCAACAACAGCAACUCGAACCCACAAUUACCCUUCACCGUGAACGCGCUCAUGAUGCAAGAUGCUGGCAUGAUGACCGACAGAGGCUACAGUUUCGUGCUCUUCGCGCCCGUUUCUGAAGUGCAGGCGUUAUACCACACAAAGGCGUUCAACAGCACAACGCCGCCGAAAGCAUACCUGCCUGGGCCUAAAGUGUGGGCGUACGUGCUGGCUGCACCUACCUAUGCCUUCAUUUUUCGCUACAAGAAUCCCAGCUCCGCCUGGGCUGGCAGCCCGGCCAAUGUGCCAUGCGCUGCGACUACCAACGACAUGUCCAACUCUACUGCAGGCUGCGAGACUCUUGGCAGUUGGGCUCCGAAAGUCACGCGGGUGAGCAGUGGGGCCAAGGGUGUUGCGCUGAAUGGCCUGCGGCAGCUAGCAGCCCUGGUGGUGUGA